AUGUCGUCGUCGAGGUCUGUCGUUAUGCUCAAGCUCGAGACCUACUCUAACCGCACUCAGGCCGUCACAGGCUCUGGAAAAACGCUAGCAUUUCUCAUCCCGAUAAUAGAGCGAUUGAUGAAAAGAGAUGUACCUCUACGAACACAUGAAGUUGGGGCCUUGAUUGUCUCUCCAACGCGAGAACUUGCUACUCAAAUAAACUCUGUACUGUCUAAAUUUGUUGAUGCGGCUCCAGAGGAUGUUUCUUGCCCCCGCUCGGUGCUUAUGGUUUCCGGAACGGAAUCGACACCUGCGCAAGACCUCUCUCGCUUUCUCGAGUCAUCUGCCGACAUUGUUAUCGGCACACCAGGGAGAAUUGAAGAAUUUCUACUCGGAAGAGGUGGAAACCGGGUCAAUGUAAAGGAACUAGAAGUCCUCGUCUUUGAUGAGGCGGACCGAUUGCUCGAUCUCGGAUUCACCACUACUAUCACCCGGAUUAUUACCCACCUGCCCAAGCAGAGACGAACAGGACUCUUCUCUGCAACGAUGACAGAUGCACUUUCGGAGCUCGUCAGAAUGGGACUCAGGAAUCCUGUCCGCGUUACUGUCAAAGUGGAAGCAAAGAAAUUGGCCGGUACGAAGAGAAAGGCCGAGGAAGUAAUCGAAGAGAGGCGAACUCCAGCUAGUCUGCAAAAUUAUUACACCUUGUGUGAGACAGACGAGAAGACUAGUCGGUUAUUCAAUAUCGUGCAACAUGAGCGAAACCGAUCUAGUAGUAAAUUUAUUGUGUAUUUUGCCACAUGUGCAGCUGUGGACUAUUUCUACCGGGUCUUCUCCGGCCUCGGAGAUUUUCAAACAAUCGAAUUCUUCUCCUUACAUGGACACCUUCCACCAGAAAAGCGCACACUAACCCUAGAAUCGUUCACUAAUCACCCAUCAACCGUGUCUAAUCCUUCCAUUCUUUUAUGCACCGACGUAGCUGCACGGGGGCUGGAUCUACCCGACGUAGAUGUCGUCAUUCAAUACGAUGCACCCGUAGACACAAAGACGUUUAGCCAUCGGGCGGGAAGGACGGCAAGAAUGGGAAGAGAGGGGCGGGCUUGGGUCUUGCUGACCGGAAGAGAAAGCGAAUACGUUGAUUUAUUGCAAAUUCGAAAGAUUCCACUCAAGCAGGAUCCUUCCUUUGAGUCACAAUUGCCAAGCACCUCGACAAACUACUCGGUUAAAAAGGGUGACCUCUUGCGAGAAAUGAGAUCAAUUGUUCUCAGGGACCGUGAUACUCACGAAAAGGGGACGAAAGCGUUUGUCUCAUUUGUGAGGGCGUAUUCAAAACACGAAGCUUCCUAUAUAUUCCGAGUCAAAGAUUUGGACUUGGUCGGUGUCGCCAAAUCAUAUGGGCUGUUGCGACUACCUCGUAUGCCUGAAUUGAAAGGACGUACGGAUGGAUGGGAGGAUGCACACGUAGACUGGGAAGAGUACGCAUAUCUGGACAAAGCCCGCGAAAGCAAACGACGAGCAGAGCUAGACCCAGCUGUCAAAGCAGAUACCGCCGCCAAGGGUCAAAAUGAAAAGGAGAAGCGACAAAUACAAAAGAAGAAAAACUCUGCAUGGUCACAAAAGGUCGAAGCAAAGGAGGGGCGAGAGAAGAGAAAGGAGAAGCGACAGCGCAAAAAAGCAUGGGAGAGGAAUGUGGCCGAAGAGAUUAAGAAGAAGCAAAUGGAGGAUAAGAUGGACGCGGAUGACUGGAAAGAGCUGGCGGACGAAGAGCGACAAGCAAAGAAGGCGAAGAGAGCCAAGCUGAUCUCUUCUGGAGAUUUAAAAGUGUUCAUGGAGCUAUAG